AUGGUGUUGGGAAAAGCAUCGAGUUCAUCCUUGAGCAUGAAAUCAGAUGAAGACGUGGUUAAUAAUAACAAUAACUUGAGAGUGUUGGUUGUUGAUGACAGUCCGAUGAUCCGUAAGCUCCAUGAUAUGUAUCUCAAGAAGUUUGGACUCGAAGUUCAAGUUGCCGAGAACGGAAAGAACGCUGUCGAACUUUUCCGUUUCGGAGCUUCUUUCGAUCUCAUUCUAAUGGACAAAGAAAUGCCUGUCAUGGAUGGGGCCGAGGCAACUAAGGAGUUGAGAGCUAUGGGAGUGAAAAGCAUGAUCGUUGGUGUAACUUCACUUGACUCACCAUAUGAGAAGCAAGUUUUCAUGGAGGCAGGCUUGAAUUAUUGCUUUAAUAAGCCUUUGAUUGCUGAUAACAUUAGUUUUCUUCUGCAAGAGCUCAACAAGAACAACAAUGACAAAAACUGA